GUUCAUUUGCCAUCUCCAAGGAAUUCAACAGCUUCAACAACAAAGGCAUCACCUCGUCCACAUUUAGUUGACCUCACCAAAGAUGAAGAUAAUGAAGAUGAGGACGAUGAUGACAUUACUGAUCCUGAAAGGACCAGGGAUACAGUGGAGAAUGAAGGUGGAGCAGUAGAGAUGAGGGACCUGAAUGUGGACCAACAAAAGAAGAACUUGGAAAUAAUGGAGGCAAAUGACACGAACAAAAGACGACUUGGUUUAUCACUGGGAAGCCAUUUGUUCGAGCUCAUCAAGGACUAUGGCAAGAUGUCCCUGGUGGUAUUGGUGACAAUGAUAUUGGGCAUUGUCAUUAUCUUUUCAUUCUCCAAUGAGACCUGGAUCAGGCGUAAUCAAGGCACAAUCAACUAUUUCGACAAGACCGACGUCACAAUCCUCACCUCUGUCUUCUUUGUGACAGGUCUGGCGGCAUUCACUGGAAUUCAGUUCCUUUCAGUCUAUGGUCUAAAGAGAAUGAUAGAGACAAAGUUCUACCUAUUCUUGCUGGCCGAUAUCCUCCUCUUUAUUGCUGUGCCCUGGGGCAUGUGGGCAGGAGAUCAAGACUACUGGUACUGGAUGGGUGAUGUCCUUUUACUACUGGUAGGCUUCGUUAGCCUUUCGUUUGUUAUGGGAUACCUUGGUAAGCCUUAUCAAACAACCAAGGAACGUCUAAAGAAUGGACUGGCAUUCCUUGGAAUCGAAGUUCUAGUGGCUGUAUCUGCACUACUCUAUGGAAUGUUCAUAUAUUUAGUAUAUAGCAACUUCUCAAACAUUGCAAAAGUUGCAUGGCGUCUAAUAGUCCACUCAAUCUACUUUGAGGUAGGUAUGAUGAUCCCAGUACGUCUAUUGGUAACCAAGCAGAUGGAGAAGAAAGGAGUGUCCAUCAUGCACAGUUUGGCAGUGGUACACGCUCAGGCUCACAUAUCUACACUUGGUCGUAUGAUGAUAUCCACCAUCAACGAUACCACUCUAACAGUGAUCUCGGUGUUGCUUCUAAACAUUGGCAAGAUGGUGUUCAGAUCCACAGUUCAAGUUAGAGACAAGUAUGCAUCCAAGGUACUGGAGAAGGUUGCCGGCACUGAACACAUAGAGUCCAAGAAGUUUGUUCGCGCUGUUGGUUUGUUCACCGAGAUGAUCAUGGAGAAUGCAUCGAUACCCACGUCAGCCUUCACAUUGUGGGUGUUCCGUAACUAUCAAGGACUGUUCUAUAUGCCCUUCCCAGACAAGAGCUUUGGCAUCGUUGACAUUGUAAUCAAUGUGGCCAUUCAGUUGGGCAUUGCCAUACCAUUUGACAUUGUUACUCUGUUGAUCAACGAACGAUACUUUGGCAUGCCACUGGAAAGAGCAUGGAAGAAGAUGAGAGAGAAGUGGCUGCCAUUCUUUGGUUUCCUUGUCUAUGGAAUCAUAACGAUGGGCAUGCUUGGUGUGAUUUGGAUGGCUUGUAGACUGCCUCGAUUUGUCAUGUGUCAGAGCAAGGAUGUAUGUUCCUGUAUGUUUGUAUCUAACUGCGAGGAGUUUAUAAAAAGUAAUCUA